AUGAAUCAAGAGCAAAAUAUUGAGAUAGUUUUCUUCAGGCAGUCAGAACAAACACGGUGUGAUUAUCGAAUUCGUUUGAAUGCAUCAAUUGAUUGUGUUCGACUUCUUCUACGACAAAGACUUGCCUUUCGUGGUCAUGACGAGUCUGAAGAUUCAAAUAAUCAAAGUAACUUUCUUGAACUAUUGCAAUUUCUAGCCAAUCAUAAUAAGGAGAUUAAGGCUGUUACUUUGAAAAAUGCUCCUGAAAAUCUCAAGUUAACAUCACCUGAUGUUCAAAAGGAUAUUGUACAAGCUGCUGCUAUUGAAACGAUUGAUCUUAUCAUAAAAGAUGUUGGUGAUGCAUUCUUUUCAAUUCGAAUUGAUGAAUCUCGGGAUCUCUCAAUAAAGGAACAAAUGUAUACUGUUUUGCGUUAUGUGAAUAAAACAGGACAUGUAGUUGAACGGUUUAUUGGGAUUGAACAUGUUUCCAGUACCAGUGCCCUAUCACUUAAGGCUGCUAUAGAUAAAUUAUUUUCUAGAUACGGGUUAAGUAUAUCUAGAUUGUGGGGGCAAGCUAUAGCAAAGAAACAUGUGCAAGUUACUUCGCUCUUUAAUUUGGUUUCUAGAGUGGUGAAUAUUGUUGGAGCGUCAUCGAAGCAUUGUGAUCUUUUGCGAGAGAAACAAGAAGCCGUAAUUUUUGAAGCACUCCAUAAUGUUGAUGUUCUUGAAAUGAUUGUUGAUGAUGGAUCUACUGAACAAAAAUGUGAGGCAGAUGAUUUAUUGGACUCAAUACAAUCAUUUGAAUUUGCUUUUAAUCUACAUCUCAUGAGAACCAUCUUAGCGAUUUCAAAUGAAUUGUCCAAGGCAUUACAAAGAAAAGAUCAAGAUAUUGUAAAUGCUAUUGCUUUAGUGAAAAUAUGCAAACAAAGACUCCAAGUGAUGAGGGACAAUGAGUGGGAUUUGUUUUUGAAAGUAGUGGUUUCUUUUUGUGAAAAGCAUAAUAUUGAUGUUCCCGACAUGGAUGGUGUUUUUAUACGCCGAGGUCGUUCACGGCGUAACACUGAAGAAAUGACAAAUUUGCAUCACUUUCGUGUGGACUUGUUCUAUGCUAUCAUUGAUAUGCAACUUCAAGAAUUGAAUGACCGUUUUUCUGAGAUUAGUACUGAGUUACUUCUUUGUAUAGCAUGCUUAUGCCUAAAUAAUUCAUUUUCUGCUUUUGACAAAGGAAAAUUAAUUCAUUUUGCUGAGUAUUAUCCUGAAGAUUUUUCAAGAGUAGAGCUCAUGGCACUUGAUGAUCAGUUUCAAACUUAUAUUUUUGAUAUGUGCUCCAACAAAGAGUUUGAAGAAUUACGGGGACUUGUUGAAAGGAUAUUUUCUGCAAUGAAUAUCGUGAAGAAUCGAUUGCGUAGUAGGAUUGGAGACCAAUGGAUGAAUGAUAGCUUAGUUGUGUAUGUUGAAAAUGAUGUAUUUAACAAAAUUGAUAAUGAGGUAAAGAUAGAGCCAAGGUCGCAGGCGAGGGUGGCAGCUCGUAAGCUAGUCGGGUAG